ACGGUUUACAAAUCUCAUAUUUCACAUAUUUGGAGUACCGAGCGAAGAAGCCAUCCAUCCUUCCCAUCCAUUGCCACACGACGUUCUACGUGCCAAUCGAUACCCAUCGUAUGUCUAGCUGUUGUCGUGGCUUCGCGACGCUGCUCCAAUGAUCGCUCGUUGAUCGCCCAACACAUUGCCAGUUGAAACCACGUGGAUGAAUCGAAUCUGCCAUCAUCAGCACCGGUUGCCGCGACAUGUCUCCACGUGGCACCGCCAUUCACUCAUUCUUCGCUUGGUCUAAUGUCGUUUCUGAACCGAGCGUCGAAUGCCCAAGGCGACAGACAGCCCGUGGUCUGCCCAGCCAGCCAAGCCCGCCCCGCCUUCUUCGAGACCCGUCCAUCGAGAUGCGACGGUCACGUCCGUUCAUGUCUCGUCUAUGCUCGUCCACCCAAUCAACGCAUGCAGUAACGUCGUGUUUACUCCAGCAAGUUACCACUUCGGAAAACACGUUUAAACGAGUUUGACAGGCAAAGCCCAAGAUCAUGGACACACGUUUUAGUCUUGGAGACGUAAAACGCGUGUUGACAUCAAUUGACUGGUCACAUGCGUGGAAGUUUCAGCGCCUGCGAUUGGCGUUCAAGAUCUGUUAAUGUAGCCAAUGUUGGUUAACGUAGGGGGAAAGCCCUAGGUUAACGCAUUUCUCAGACUCUCACUCGUUCAGUAGCCGCCCUCGUCACUUUUGCUUUCGCCAUGCGCCGCCCGGUCCACGUCCAGGACCAGCUCUACCACGAGGUCCUCAGCGACGACUACUCGGACAACCCGUUUCACUUCAACUUUGACGACGAUCACCUCCGCCAACCGAUCAUUCCGUUAUCCAAAGAGGCCAAACUGGCGCGGCGCCGGGCGCAGAUCGCCAAGUCCGCGCAGAAGCACCGCCUCCGCAUCCGCGAAGAGAUUGAGGCGCUGCAAACCCAGCAAGUCCAGCUAGAAGCGGCGCUGGCCAGAGCCACAUUGUGGUGGAAGGAGGCGGCGACGAGGGAGCGCGACGCGCGCGCGGCGUCCGAGACCAUCAACAAGCACCUGAGGCAAAUGCUGCGCCAGACCAAGAGCUGUGCCAAGCACUGGCGCGACUACAAACAAGAGAUGCAACAGACUCCUACUAUUAUUUAUCACCCCCCGACUACGAAUUCAAACUAGUAUUACUACUUAGUAUUUAGUACUACUACUUUUUAACUUGCUUCCA